AUGUACGGCGGUAUUUUCAUUCUCGGUUCAUCGUACCAGGAUAUGUACAACGCCACAGUCCUGUCAGCAGUCAAUGACCUCGUCGUCGUGAGUUUCGACUUUCGUUCGUCCGUAUUCGGCUUCCUCGACUCCGACAACCCGGAAGGACCGGGUAACAUCGCCCUCUGGGACCAACGACUGGUGCUCGAGUGGGUUCGGGAAAACAUCGCCUUUUUCGGGGGAGACCCCGAGACCGUCACAAUGUCGGGCGUCAGUUCUGGCUCCAUGAUGGCCCACGCCCACAUGAUGUCACCGCUCAGCAGGGGGCUAUUUAGGCGAGUGUUCUUGAUGAGCGGCACGCUUAACACCGAUACAACCGUAGACGCUGUGCCGGAAAGCAUUGUCAAAGGAAAUGAGGUUGCGAGGAUUCUCGGCUGUGCCAGCUCUUUCCAGGAUCUCACAACCCAUACUGAGCGCGUCCUUGACUGCCUUCGAAAGGUGCCGGCCUGGCUCCUCGAAGGAGCCACAGUGCUGUCCAUGUUACCGAAGUUUCUUUUUUUCAUGCCCACUUUCAAGACCGAAUUCAUACCACUGCUCCCCUCGGCCGCAAGUGAAGCGGGAGCCUUCGCGCCCGUCGAUGCUGUCGUUAGCGUCACGGCUAACGAAGGCACAUUUCCUUUCAUGUAUCAGCCUGACAGCAGGCUGCUUGAACCGGACCUAAGCGAUGUGAGUAUUGAAUAUUUGAGAUCUUCACUCGAGGAAAUGUUCAAUAUGUGGGAAAAGGAUAAAGUCGUUCCACUGGGUGUGGCGUAUCUGGAACGCGCACCGCCAGAUGACAAGUUGGCACUGAGGGAGACAGCGUCCGACUUUUUCGGAAAGCAGAACUCUUACUGUCCGAGUAGGUUCUUUGCUGAAGGUCACUCGAAGAAAGGGGCGAAUGUGUAUGGGCAAGUUUUUGCGCACAGGUCCAAAAUGGCUAAAACUCCUGAAUGGAUGGGAGUCACGCACAUGGACGAUGUACCCUACAAUUUCGGGAUUCCUUUCUUGGAUGUGGACAGCUACACCGACGAAGACAGAAAUUUUAGUCUGGACGUAAUGCGGAGCCUUGCUAACUUUGUUAGAAGCGGGUGA